AUGGGCGGUCUUGUGCAUGCGCUUUUAACGCUCGUCGCGGUCGCUUCAACGCACGCGUUCGUUGACGAAGCCCUCGACGUGUUGCAUCUUAGCACUCAAAUCGGCGAAGAGGUGCUCAACUCCUGGGAUGUGAUCGGUAAACCCUUCAACGCCACGGGGGGCGUGGAAUUGCCGUUUGUGAGGCGACGAGAGAGGCAGGUCCUGGCGAGGCUCUCGUCGAUAUCUCGGGCGAUACAGAAGCUGGAAUUGGAUGUGGAGAAGUCGCAGGCGGUUGCGGUGAUGCUGGCCAAGACUGUGGGCAGGGAUGCCAGGUUGGAGUUAAAGCUGAACGAGAUAGCUGACUUGCUGGGUCGAGUCGAGUCCGCUGACCGGGAGAUGAGGGAGUACGUGAAGCUGCAGCAGGAGCUGGAAAGACGCACCCUGGAGGACUUUGCGGAUUGGUGCGUGUCGCACGACCGUGGGGCAUUGGCUGGGCUGUUGGAGAGGAUACACGCUUUGGUGGUACCACCACAUAAGCACCUACUCGGCCGCGGUCUUCUGGGCAUCGUUGUGAGCGAUUUGCAGGUGGGUUUUCGUGAGUCAACUGACGAUAUGCUUCUAUUUGAAUGGAGGUCAACGGACCGUUACAAUUCAUUCAAGUUGGCUCUGUGA